UUGGAAAUGUAUUCCGUGUAACCUGGGAGAAAAACACAAUUGAUAAUUUAGACGAACAUUUAAUGUGAACGACGCAGAUAUUAAGUGACAAUGCGAGGUAGUUUUAUUCUUUGAUUCAUUUUAUUCAUUCGUUCUUUAGUCAGGAUAAACUAAUAUCGGUGAACUUUGAAGCUUAUCAGGCUAGCUUCGCUUGCUAGCUGCUAACAAAGAAACGCGGAAGUUAUCAACACAUCGCUAAGCAGAGAUCAAGUGUGAGUGUAAAGUGUUGUGAUUGAGUGAAAAUGUGUAAAGUACAAACGCUGAGAGCGUUGGUGAAUCGGCGACUCUCUGUGGCUGUUGAAGAAAUAUUUGUAGUGUUGGAAAGAACGAUAGCAGAGUACGAGGAGGAACUUUCUCGAACAAAAGAGGAGAACGAGCGACAACGUCAACUCCUGGACACUGUUUUUAAGAAGCCUCAAGUUGUGUUACACAAAGCAGAGCAAAACUAUUCAGCAAUCCAAGCUGGGCCCACCACGGCUGACGGAGGAGGAGAAAUUGACAUCUCUGACAUCAGUGAAGAACAUCUUCCCCCUGAGCAGCAGGAGUGGAGCUCCAGGUUCGAACAUGAGGAGUCACAGCCCUCCCAUAUUAAAGAGGAAGAGGAGGAGCACAGCAUCAGUCAGGGGGGAGAGCAUCUUGAAGGACUGGAGGAGUUCCCAGUGAUUGGUGUCACUGUGAAGAGUGAAGAUGAUGAAGGUGAAAGUGAGGAGAAGAGAGAGGUGGAGCCUCCAAGCAGCAGCUCAACUCAACACAUGACAACAGAAGCUGAUGGAGACCACUGUGGAGGAUCACAAGCACACAACCUCUUAGCUCCACUAUCAGAUAGUGACGACACAAGGUCACACUCUCCUGACACUGAUGAUGAAGACUCUGAAGCUGAUAUGACAUGUCACACUGACAACACACGCUGGAAAUGCUCUCAAUGUGACAAAACGUUUGCUCACAAGAGAAAUUUGAGAAAACACAUAAAACAGCACACAGGAGAGAGACCUUUUUCCUGCUCGGUGUGUGGUAGAGGGUUCAUUCAAAAGUCAGAUUUGGAAGUACACGCAAGAAUACACACUGGAGAGAAACCUUUUCCUUGCACAGAGUGUUGUAGAAGAUUCUUUAGUAACAGUCAUUUAAUCAGACACAGAAGAAUACACACUGGAAUGAAACCAUAUUCCUACUCAGUUUGUGGGAAAAGAUUCCUUGAGAAGUCACAUUUGAAACAACACACAAAAAUACAUAAUGGAGAGAAACAUUUUCCUUGCUCUGUGUGUGGCAAACAAUUCUCUAAAAACAGGGAUUUAAAAAGACACACAAAAGUACACACUGGAGAGAAAACCUUUUCCUGCUCAGUUUGUGGUAGAGAAUUCAUUUGGAAGUCAAAUUUGAAACAACACAUAAAAAUACACAAUGGAGAGAAAGCUUUUUCUUGCUCGGUGUGUGGUAAAGGUUUCUUUCACAGAGGUGAUUUCAAUAGGCACAUGACAAUACACACUGGAGAAAAACCUUUUCUUUGCGCCGUGUGUGGCAAAACGUUCUCCAACAAGAGUUAUUUGAACAGACACACAAGAGUACACAUUGGAGAGAAACCCUUUCCAUGCCCAUGUGACAAUGUGUCGAGUACAAAUGCUGAGAGCGCUGAAGAAAUAUUUGUUGUGGUGGAAAGAACGAUAGCGGAGCACGAGGAGGAACUUUCUCGAGCGAAAGAGGAGAACGAGCGACAACGUCAACUACUGGACUCUGUUUUCAAGAAGCCUCAAGUUGUGUUACACAGAACAGACAUCAGUGAAGAGCAUCUUUUCUCUCAGAUGCAGGAGUGCAACUCCAGGAUGGAACACGAGGAGCCACCGCCCUCCCACAUUAAAGAGGAGGCGGAGGAGCCGCAGCCCCCCUACAUUAAAGAGGAAAAAGAGGAGCCACAGCCCCCCCACGUGAAAAAGGAGGAGGAGGAUCACAGCAUCAAUCAGGAGGGAGAGCAUCUUGGAGGACUGGAGGAGUUCCCAGUGAUUGGUGUCGCUGUGAAGAGUGAAGAUGAUGAAGGUGAAAGUGAGGAGAAGAGAGAGGUGGAGCCUCCAAGCAGCAGCUCAACUCAACACAUGACAACAGAAGCUGAUGGAGACCACUGUGGAGGAUCACAAGCACACAACCUCUUAGCUCCACUAUCAGAUAGUGACGACACAACGUCACACUCUCCUGACACUGAUGAUGAAGACUCUGAAGCUGAUAUGACAUGUCACACUGACAACACACGCUGGAAAUGCUCUCAAUGUGACAAAACUUUUUGUACCAAGGGAAAUCUGAAAAGACACAUCACAAGUCACACAGGAGAGAAACCUUUCGCCUGCUCAGUGUGUGGUAAAAGAUUCUCCCAGCAGUCCAGUUGGACAGUACAUGCAAGAAUACACACAGGAGAAAAACCUUUUCCUUGCACCGUUUGUGGUAAAAGAUUCUUCCAAAACGGUGACUUAAAAAAACACACAAGAAUACACAUUGGAGAGAAACCCUUUCCCUGCACGGUGUGCGGUAAAAGAUUCAAUCAAAAAAGUGAUUUGAACAAACACACAAGGAUACACACUGGAGAAAAACCUUUCGCCUGUGCAGUUUGUGGCAAAAGGUUCUCUCAGCGCUCAAUUUUGAAAACACACGCAAGAAUGCACACUGGAGAGAAACCUUUUUCUUGCAUGGUGUGUGAUAAAAGAUUCUCUCAAAAUGCAGAUUUGAAUAGACACUCAAGAAUACACACUGGAGAGAAACCUUUCCCUUGCGUGGUGUGCGGUCAAAGAUUCUCUCAAAAAGGUGGUUUAAAAACCCACAUAAGAAAGCACACUGGAGAGAAACCGUUUUCCUGCUCAAUUUGUGGUAAAGGGUGCAUUAGUAAAUCUUGUCUGAAAGAACACACAAAAAUACACACUGGAGAGAAACCUUUUCCUUGCCCGGUGUGUGGUAAAAGAUUCUCUAAAAAAAGUGGUUUAACCACACACAAGAGAAUACACACUGGGGAGAAACCUUUUCCUUGCUCGGGGUGUGGCAAAAGAUUCUACAGCCAAAAUGAUUUAGGAAGACACACAAAACUACACACUGGAGAGAAACCCUUUUCCUGCUCAGUUUGCGGCAAAGGCUUCAUUGAGAAGUCACAUUUGAAGAAACACACAAGAACGCACACUGGGGAGAAACCUUUUCCCUGCACGGUUUGCGGCAAAAGAUUCUAUCAAAAAGGUGAUUUAAAUCGACACACAAGAGUUCACACUGGAGAGAAACCUUUUUGCUGUGCAGUUUGUGGGAAAAGUUUCUCUCAGAAGAGGACAGGCCACACAAGAAAACACGCUAGCAGAAACAACUUUUCAUGUUCAGCGUGCGGCCAGCGAGUUACAAACAGCACAAACUUGACAUAAGAAACCACAACACGGUUUGCAGUAUGCAAGACAAUUGCAGCAAUUCUUCACCCGCCUGAUCUGUCUUUAAACAGAGAGCAGUAUUGUUGGACUUUGUAAUGACUUCACCCGCCCACCAGGGGGCAUUGAUAUUCUAUUCAUAGACAGCUGUUGAAAGAAUAGUGUGAUUUAAAAGACAUUAAUCUAAGUACACAAGUAAAUACGUAUGAAUGCAUCAAAUUAAGUUGGUUGGCUUCACAAAGUGCCAUGGUUGACGAUGGUUACACUAUGUUAUUCAUAUCUUAAUGGACAAUGUGGGUGCUCUCUAUGUGCAAAUU